AUGAGGGAUAUAUACUCUAAAUACCUAGAGAGAGUCAAAAGGAAUAUCCACUUUGCUGAUCAAAAAUCACAAGAUACAUCCCACAGUAAGACAAAUGUCAUAAGAAUAAGACCAAUAAAAGGCUAUGUUAUAAAGACAUAUGAGAAAAAUGGAGAUAAGGUAUAUAUCAACAUCUGCUUCUCCAGGUUGAUUCCAGAUUUCCAUCUAAAGACAUUUCCGCAUUUAUAUAAUGAAGAAGGAUUAAGGAUACCUAUAAGUAUAGGUGAAGAAAAGAAAAAACAAGACAGGAAAGGAAGAAAAUACCGAACUUAUGAUAUAGUCCUAAAUAAUAGAGUUGUUUCUGAAUGUUUAAGAAAUGUGAAAAUAAAAACAAUAGUUGCUGAAUUAGUUCUAGAAGCUGUCAAAAAUAAGUACAAAUUAGAUUUAUGUACUAAUUUGUUUCUUUUCCCCGAUCACAAAUAUAAAGGUAAUCACCCAGAUGAUCACUACAUAAAAUAUGAUCAACAACACAAAAUUAGAGAAGUUGAAGAGGAACAUAAUACGUUUUUUACCGAUAAGGAUUUAGAUGCUUAUGAGUUCAUGAAAAAUUAUAUCGACAAACAUGAUGAUUCGGUUGAAAAAAAUCAUGUUAAUGGAUAUGGAUAUCUUAAAGAACAUCGUGAAGCAGAAGCUUUAGCAAGUAAAUUGAUCGUCACGAAACCUGAUUGGGAUAUGUGGUUUAUUCCUCCAAAAUUGUUAGAAGAUCUGAAGCAAGGUGUGAAAAGAUUUUUUAUACCUUAUAUACGUAUAUUUCCAUUGAAAGGUGUUAUAAAUGGUUUGGAUUUUAAACCUCCUAAUGAUAAAGUUAAUAAAGAAAAGCAUUUAGUGGACACACAUAAAAAAAGGCAAAUAUUAAAAUCUUUUUUUGAAGAAUAUAAUGUUGAACUAGAUGAUGAAUUCUUAAAGUAUCAGGAUAUUAUUAAAACAGUGUGUGUUUUCCAGAUACCCCUUCAUUUUUUUGCUCUUCUUAAGAAAACAAUUGAAUAUGAUAUUGACAAAUAUAAUAAUUUAAUCCCUGAAAUAAUAGAGCUUUGGAUUUCUGACGACUGUUUAUAUAUUCAAUUUAAGAAGUCCCCUUAUUUCCCAGAUGAAAAAAACCCACCUUGCAAAAGUUUCUCUAUACGUUUUCCAUAUUACUAUGAUACGUCUAAAGCAAUUGCACAAUUUUUAUAUGAGUUUAAUCUCUUAAACGUUAUAGUACCAGUAAGCAAGUUGAGCAGUGAAUCACUUGUAUUUCAUGAUAACAAAGAAGAUAGUGAUUUCAGCGAUAAAACAUUCAUUCAACCUGAUGAAGCAAGUGUUACAUCUAUAUUGUAA